AUGUCGAGACGAGCCGCCAGAGGUAGGUCGCAAGUAGAAAGUACCAAAGUGGAAGGAGAAGAUGUUGUAGAAGACGAAAAUGAUGACUUUAAUGCUGAUGAAGAAGACGAGGUAACUCGUUGUGUGUGUGGGAAUGAUGAACUCAAUACCGACGGAAUCAAUUCUGAACUUCAAGAGUUGUUACAGAGUGAAUACGGCAUCAAAAUAGACGUGGGUCUCUUCAUACAAUGUGAUAAAUGCUCAGUUUGGCAGCAUGGUUAUUGCGUGGGAUUAUUUAUUGACGAAGACGUUCCUGAUAAAUACUGGUGUGAACAGUGCAAACCAGAACUACACAUAAUAGUCAGUGAUGAAGACGGCUCCAGUGAGAAUCGAACAUUGUACAAACCUGUUAAUGACAAACGAAAAAGAUUGCUUCUCGAAACACCAACUGCAAAAAAUGGGAGAUCUAAAUCGGCUGCUCCCCAAUCCGAAUCCACUUCUCUGUCGCCUUCGUUGGACACUCGUCACUCCCGUAAGGAUAGGAAUCGGAAUUUUGACCCAUACGAUGAACAAUUGAAAAAGGCACUCAGGGAAAGCGCCAGAGAAAGUGGACUCGCAGUGGAGAGUGGUGAUGAUAAAGAAAGUGGUACCAGGCGCAGACCUCGUCUGGAUGCUGAGACAGUCAAACGCCAAAGGACAGAAGUGACGACGGACCAUACCGAUGACGGUGAGACCACAACGACUUCUAAAAAACGCACCAAGGUGACGAGAGCCAAACCAAAACCUAGACCAAAACCGAAAGAAAAAGAAUCAACAGUCCAGGAUGAUAUUUCUAGAGAGGAGCUUGUGAAGCAACCAUCAAAACCCCGAUUUGUCAAUGACAAAUCCUCGAUUUACGAAUUACGAAAGCGCACAGGAGCAAUCCUUGAGUGGCUCGGUCGCUCUCAACUAGAAUACCAGGAGGAGCGAAACAACAAAAAGAUCAUAUUUGACUACAAGGAGAACGGUGAAGUUCCUUCCGAAUCGCAAAAAGUACUCCAGAGUUUCGAUGAGAACCUCGCAUCCAUGGAGGAGCUUACUCGUGGGAUAUUUGCUUGGGAAGAAAAAUAUGGCAAGUACGCACCAUAG